GGGUGCCCAAGUCCCAGAGGUUCUUCCGGCGGAGGCGCGGGGCCCGGGCCGAACUCGGCAGCGAAGCGCCCCCACAGCCGCCGCCGCCGCUGCCGCUCCCGCGCGCGGCCUGAGGAGGCGCCGCUCGCCCGCCGCCGCCGAGUGAGGGAAUGCGAGCCGGGCCCGGCGCGCGCGGGCAGCAGCAGCGGCCGCUGGGGCGCGCGGGGCACGGCGGCGCCGCGGCGUAGAGCUGUCCAACCGGCCCGCUCGCGCCCCGCCGGCCCGCCGCUUCCUCACAGCUACGGCCGCCGCCCCGAGAGCAGCCGGGGGCGCCAGAGCCGCGGCGCCGGCACGUGUGUCGCCCGCCGACGGCCCGGAGCAUGCCCGCUGGUGCCCAGCCGCUCGCGCGGGGCCAGCCGGCCGCUGAGGCGCGCGGGGCCGCGGGGCGCAGCCGGCCUGGCCGGGGCCGCAGGGCCAGCGCACCCCGGGAGGCGGCGUGAGGCAGUGGCGGCGGCCCAGCCCGCGGCGGAAGAGGACGGAGCCCGCGGCCCUACCGAGCGGGGGAUGCUGGCCCGUGGGUCCCGGUUCCCAGCACACGGCUGAGCCUUGUGACCUGUCCCUCCUCCUGCGACAGGGAUGCUGACGGAGCUGCUCACAGCUGCAGGGGUCCCUGGUGAAUCUUGCCAUGGUCAUCUAAGGAACCUCUCCUAGAAAGAAGCUCCCCCCUCGCAGUUCCCCACCGACAGGAAGGCCUGGACUCCCAAGAUGAUUAUAAAGGAGUACCGGAUCCCCCUGCCGAUGACCGUGGAGGAGUACCGCAUUGCCCAGCUGUACAUGAUACAGAAGAAAAGCCGCAAUGAGACGUACGGCGAAGGCAGCGGCGUGGAGAUCCUGGAGAACCGGCCGUACACGGAUGGCCCCGGCGGCUCCGGGCAGUACACGCACAAGGUGUACCAUGUGGGCAUGCACAUCCCCGGCUGGUUCCGCUCCAUCCUGCCCAAGGCAGCAUUGCGCGUGGUGGAGGAGUCCUGGAACGCUUACCCCUACACCAGAACCAGGUUCACCUGCCCUUUUGUGGAGAAAUUCUCCAUUGACAUCGAGACCUUUUAUAAAACCGAUGCUGGAGAAAACCCGAACGUGUUCAGUCUCUCUCCUAUGGAAAAAAACCAACUGACAAUCGACUUCAUCGACAUCGUCAAGGACCCCGUACCCCCAAACGAGUACAAGACGGAGGAGGACCCCAAGCUGUUCCAGUCGGCCAAGACGCAGCGGGGGCCUCUGUCUGACAACUGGAUUGAGGAGUACAAGAAGCAGGUGUUCCCCCUCAUGUGUGCCUACAAGCUCUGCAAGGUGGAGUUCCGCUACUGGGGUAUGCAGUCCAAGAUUGAGAGGUUCAUCCACGACACUGGCCUGCGGAGGGUGAUGCUGCGGGCCCACCGGCAGGCCUGGUGCUGGCAGGACGAGUGGUUCGGGCUGAGCAUGGAGAACAUACGGGAGCUGGAGAAGGAGGCGCAGCUCAUGCUGUCCCGCAAGAUGGCCCAGUUCACGGAGGACAGCCAGGAGGCUGUGGAGCUUGCCAAGGACCCAGCCACCCAGGACCAGGCCUCCUGGGAGAGCCCCCAGCCCAGCGGCAGCAACGGGGAGGCCCUAGUAGGGCGGGGCCUGAAGAAGCAGUGGUCCACGUCCUCCAAGUCCUCACGGUCGUCCAAGCGGGGAGCAAGUCCUUCUCACCACAGCAUCUCGGAGUGGAGGAUGCAGAGCAUCGCCAGGGACUCCGAUGAGAGCUCAGACGACGAGUUCUUUGAUGCCCAUGAGGACCUGUCUGACUCCGAGGAAAUGUUCCCCAAGGACAUCACCAAGUGGAGUUCCAAUGACCUCAUGGACAAAAUCGAGAGCCCCGAGCCGGAGGACAGCCAGGCUGGCCUCUACCGCCAGAGUGGCCCUGAGUUCAGGGUGGCCUCCAGCGUGGAACAACUGAACAUCAUUGAGGAUGAGAUCAGCCAGCCGCUGGCCACACUGCCCUCCAAGAUCCACGUGCUGCUGCUGGUGCUGCAUGGGGGCACCAUCCUGGACACGGGCACCAGCGACCCCAGCUCCAAACAGGGAGACACCAACACCAUCGCCAAUGUGUUCGACACAGUCAUGCGUGUGCACUACCCCAGCGCCCUGGGCCACCUGGCCAUCCGCCUGGUGCCCUGUCCGCCUGUCUGCUCCGACGCCUUCGCCCUCGUCUCCAAUCUCAGCCCCUACAGCCACGAUGAGAGCUGUCUCUCCAGCAGCCAGGACCACAUCCCCCUGGCUGCCCUGCCUCUGUUGGCCACCUCCUCACCCCAGUACCAGGAGGCGGUGGCCACGGUGAUCCAGCGGGCCAACCUGGCCUACAGGGACUUCAUCAAGUCCCAGGAAGGUGUGACCUUCAAUGGGCAGGUCUGCCUGAUUGGGGACUGUGUGGGGGGCGUCCUGGCAUUCGAUGCCUUAUGCUACAGCAGUCAGCCCGUGUCUGAGAGCCAGAGCAGUAGCCGCCGGGGCAGUGUGGCCAGCGUGCAGGAUGCGGACCUGCUGUCCCCGGGCAUCCUGGUGAGCACAGCACCCUGCCCCAGCGGCAGCUCCAGCCUGGAGAGCAGCCGGCACCUGAGUCGUAGCAACGUUGACAUCCCACGCAGCAACGGCGCUGAGGACUCCAGGAAGCAGCUGCCCCGCAAGCGGAGUGACUCCUCCACCUAUGAGCUGGACACCAUCCAGCAACACCAGGCCUUCCUGUCCAGCCUCCACGCCAGCGUGCUGAGGAGCGAGCCCAGUGCCCGCCGCUCGAGCAGCUCCACUGUCCUGGACAGCUCGGGGAUGCUGGGCAAGUUUGACUUUGAGGUUGCUGACCUCUUCCUGUUCGGAUGCCCGCUGGGGCUGGUUCUGGCCUUGAGGAAGACAGUCAUCCCUGCCCUGGAUGUUUUCCAGCUGCGGCCAGCCUGCCAGCAAGUCUACAACCUCUUUCACCCAGCAGACCCCUCAGCCUCCCGCCUGGAGCCGCUACUGGAGCGCCGGUUCCAUGCCCUGCCGCCCCUUAGCAUCCCCCGCUACCAGCGCUACCCACUGGGGGACGGUUGCUCCACACUUCUGGUCGAAACCGUGCAGAGAAACCCCGAGCUGGUCCUGGAGGGCGGCCCCCUGGCCCCUCUCCCCCACGGGGAUGGCUUCCUGGAAACCAGUAUCCCCGUUCCCGCGCUCACCGGGCAAGACGGGCCACGCCAGAGCCCGGGCUGUGCUGAGUCCGAAGCCCUCCAGGCCCACAACACAGUCUUCCAAGAGCACGUGGCCCCCUCCUCACCCACCACAGCCCCCGCAGGUCGUGGCUUCCGGCGGGCCAGUGAGAUCAGCAUCGCCAGCCAGGUUUCAGGCAUGGCCGAGAGCUACACAGCAUCCAGCAUCGCUCAAAAGGCCCCUGUGUCGCUCAGCCACACCCCAAGCGUCAGGCGCCUGUCCCUGCUUGCCCUGCCCUCCCAACCCCCAAACACCCCCAGGCCCCACCCUCGGGCCAGGCAGGCCAGCCCCAGCCCGGAGAAGCCCCCCCACCUCCCUGACGGGAACAUCGAAGAAGUCGCUGCCAAGUGGUGGGGCCAGAAGCGGAUCGACUACGCCCUAUACUGCCCCGAUGCCCUCACAGCCUUCCCCACCGUGGCCCUGCCCCACCUCUUCCACGCCAGCUACUGGGAGUCAACGGAUGUGGUCUCCUUCCUGCUGAGACAGGUCAUGAGGCAUGACAGUCCCAGUGUCUUGGAGCUGGACGGCAAAGAGGUGUCAGUCUUCACGCCCUCAAAGCCCAGAGAGAAGUGGCAGCGCAAGAGAACCCACGUGAAGCUGCGGAACGUGGCAGCCAACCACCGGAUCAAUGAUGCCAUCGCCAAUGAGGACGGCCCCCAGGUGGUGACAGGCCGGUUCAUGUAUGGGCCCCUGGAUAUGGUGACCCUGACUGGGGAGAAGGUGGAUGUGCACAUCAUGACGCAACCGCCCUCGGGUGAGUGGCUGUACCUGGACACACUGGUGACCAAUAGCAGCGGACGUGUCUCCUACACCAUCCCUGAGACACACCGCCUGGGCGUGGGCGUCUACCCCAUCAAGAUGGUGGUCAGGGGGGACCACACCUUUGCCGACAGCUACAUCACUGUGUUGCCCAAGGGCACAGAGUUCGUGGUCUUCAGCAUUGAUGGUUCCUUUGCUGCCAGCGUGUCCAUCAUGGGCAGUGACCCCAAAGUGCGGGCCGGGGCCGUGGAUGUGGUACGGCACUGGCAGGACCUGGGCUACCUCAUCAUCUAUGUGACGGGCCGACCCGACAUGCAGAAGCAGCGGGUGGUGGCAUGGCUGGCCCAGCACAACUUCCCCCAUGGCGUGGUGUCCUUCUGCGACGGCCUGGUGCACGAUCCGCUGCGGCACAAAGCCAACUUCCUGAAGCUGCUCAUCUCUGAGCUGCACCUGCGUGUGCACGCGGCCUAUGGCUCCACCAAGGACGUGGCGGUCUACAGCUCCAUCAGCCUGUCACCCAUGCAGAUAUACAUCGUGGGCCGGCCCACCAAGAAGCUGCAGCAGCAGUGCCAGUUCAUCACGGACGGCUAUGCAGCCCACCUGGCCCAGCUCAAGUACAACCACCGGGCACGGCCAGCCCGCAACACAGCCACCAGGGUGGCACUGCGCAAGGGCAGCUUUGGCUUGCCCGGCCAAGGUGACUUCCUGCGCUCCCGGAACCACUUGUUGCGUACUAUCUCGGCCCAGCCUGGUGGGGCCAGCCACCGACACGAGCGGACGCAGAGCCAGGUGGACAGCGAGCAGCGGGGCCAGCGCAGCAUGAGCAUGGCAGCCAGCUGCUGGGGCCGCACCAUGGCCGGCCGGCUCGAGCCAGGGACAACCGCGGGCCCCAAGUAGAGCUCGUCCGUGAGGCGCUGCGGCUCCCACGGU